GUUAAAGAAAUUUAAAAGAAUAGGUGGGUCGGACACCUUGCCUCAAUCAGACAUCAGUUAUAACUUCCGUUAACGCAACAGAUAAAAGUGUUGCGAAAUCGCGAAUGCAUCAAUAGUCAAUUAGGGUUUCGGAAAGUGCUCACAACUCGCUGCUAAGUGCUGAUAAUCAAGAGAUGGCUUCAAGAGGAGUAAUGAGCAGCGCAAAUGCAUUGGCAUCGAGGGCAAAUAGAAUUAGGGCAAAGUUACAAUCAACAUUAGAAGCAAGUAUUCUUGAGGUUGAAGAUGUUUCACAUCAACAUGCUGGGCAUGCUGCUAUGAAAGAGAGCAAUUAUAAUGGUGGUGAAACUCACUUUAAUUUGAAGAUUGUUUCUUCUAAAUUUGAAGGUCAAACUCUUGUGAAACGGCAUCGUAUGGUUUAUGAACUUUUAGCUGAUGAGCUUCAGUCUGGUUUGCAUGCUCUUUCCAUCAAUGCUAAAACCCCUCAAGAAGUGACUCCCAAGUAACUGGAUUGUAAUUAAUGCAAGUUUUGCUGUUUGGGAUUUUGGAGUACUUUGAAUAUCUAUGAAAUUCAUCUACCUAUAUCCUAUUUCGUACAAGAUGAUUGGACCAAUUGAAGUGUUAAUCUAUAAUGUCUUAUGGCAAUACUUUUUGAGUGGUGCUUUCAUAGGAAAGUCUUUAUUUUGUAAUAAAAGUCAUCUUGACAUCAAAUAUCUCAACUAGACUCUUGUUAGCUUCUUGUUAGGUAUCAAUUGAUUCAAUGGAGUAACUGUAGAAUUGAGAGAAAGAUGCCAAUUGCAACCCUUGUACAUUUCAACUGGUUAUGGUGAUUUACUAUUGACAUUA